AUGCGCCGGCCCGAGGGACCGCAGCGCCGCCGGCGGCGCCCCGCGCUGCUGUGGCUGGCGGUGCUGGCGGCGGCGGCGGCGUCGUGGCCGCGGCCCGCGGCGGGCGGCGCGGGUUCCGGGCCGCAGCACCCGGUGGUGAGCACGAACUACGGGAAGCUGCGCGGGGUGCGGGCGCCGCUGCCGAACGAGAUCCUGGGCCCCGUGGAGCAGUUCCUGGGCGUGCCGUACGCCGCGCCGCCCACCGGGGAGCGCCGCUUCCAGCCGCCCGAGCCGCCGUCGUCGUGGGCGGGCGUGCGGAACGCGACGCAGUUCGCGGCGGUGUGCCCGCAGCACCUGGACGAGCGCGCGCUGCUGCACGACAUGCUGCCCGUGUGGUUCACCGCCAACCUCGACACGCUCGCCGCCUACGUGCAGGAGCAGAGCGAGGACUGCCUCUACCUCAACAUCUACGUGCCCACCGAGGACGGAGCCAACACAAAGAAACUCGCAGAUGAUAUCACCAGUAACGAGCGUGCUGACGAUGAAGACGCGCGCGAGGGCGGCGGGCGGAAGCCGGUGAUGGUGUACGUGCACGGCGGCUCCUACCUCGAGGGCACCGGCAACCUGGUGGACGGCAGCGUGCUGGCCAGCUACGGAAACGUCAUCGUCGUCACCCUCAACUUCCGCCUCGGCGUCCUCGGCUUCCUGAGCACGGGCGACCAGGCGGCGAAGGGCAACUACGGCCUCCUGGACCAGAUCCAGGCCCUGCGGUGGAUCGAGGAGAACGUGGGCGCCUUCGGCGGGGACCCCAAGAGGGUCACCAUCUUCGGCUCGGGGGCCGGCGCCUCCUGCGUCAGCCUGCUCACCCUCUCCCACUACUCCGAGGGCCUGUUCCAGAAGGCCAUCAUCCAGAGCGGCACGGCGCUGUCGAGCUGGGCGGUCAACUACCAGCCGGCCAAGUACACGCGGGCGCUGGCCGAGAAGGUGGGCUGCAACAUGCUGGACACGGCGGAGCUGGUGGAGUGCCUGCGCCGCAAGAGCCCGCGGGAGCUGACGCGCCAGGCGGUGCCGCCGGCCGCCUACCACGUGGCCUUCGGGCCGGUGAUCGACGGCGACGUCAUCCCCGACGACCCGCAGAUCCUCAUGGAGCAGGGCGAGUUCCUCAACUACGACAUCAUGCUGGGCGUGAACCAGGGCGAGGGGCUGCGCUUCGUGGACGGCCUGGCCGACGCCGACGGCGACGGCGGCGUGGCGCCCGCCGACUUCGACCUGGCCGUCGCCGACUUCGUCGACAGCCUCUACGGCUACCCCGAGGGCCGCGACGCGCUGCGCGAGACCGUCAAGUUCAUGUACACCGACUGGGCCGACCGCGACGACGCCGAGACCCGACGCCGCACCCUCGUCGCCCUCUUCACCGACCACCAGUGGGUGGCGCCCGCCGUCGCCACCGCCGACCUGCACGCCCAGUACGGCUCGCCCACCUACUUCUACGCCUUCUACCACCACUGCCAGAGCGACAUGAAGCCCGCCUGGGCCGACGCCGCCCACGGCGACGAGGUGCCCUACGUCUUCGGCGUGCCCAUGGUCGGGCCCACCGAGCUCUUCGCCUGCAACUUCUCCAGGAACGACGUCAUGCUCAGCGCCGUCGUCAUGACCUACUGGACCAACUUCGCCAAGACCGGGGACCCGAACCGGCCGGUGCCGCAGGACACGAAGUUCAUCCACACGAAGCCGAACCGCUUCGAGGAGGUGGCCUGGUCCAAGUACAGCCCCAAGGACCAGCUCUACCUGCACAUCGGCCUCAAGCCCCGGGUGCGAGACCACUACCGCGCCACCAAGGUCGCCUUCUGGCUCGAACUCGUGCCCCACCUGCACAACCUGCACGAGAUCUUCCAGUACGUCUCCACCACCACCCGCGCGCCCGACGCCGCCGCCUCCUCGAACCCGUACCGCCCGCGGGCGCCGCCGCCCGGCGCCAAGGCCUGGCCCGCCACCAGGCGCCCCCCCCCGCGACGCCCGCCGCCCCGCACCCCAAGCAGCGCGCCGGGCGCCCGCCGCCCCCGCCGCCGCCGCCCCCCCCGCGCCCGCGCCCACGACGACGCCGCCGUGCUCAUCGAGACGCGCCGCGACUACUCCACCGAGCUCAGCGUCACCAUCGCCGUGGGCGCCUCCCUCCUCUUCCUCAACAUCCUGGCCUUCGCCGCGCUCUACUACAAGAAGGACAAGCGCCGCCACCACGAGACCCACCGGCGCAACAGCCCGCCGCGCCCGCCGCCGCGCCCGCCGCGUAACGAGCACGCCCGGGACGACGACGACGCCCGGGCGCCCGCCGGGGACCCCGCCGCCGCCCCGUCCGCCGUGCCCAUGAAGCGCCUCGAGCGCGAGUGCGAGUCCUCCCUGGCGCCCCGCGACGGGCUGCGGCUGGCCUCGUGCCCGCCCGACUACGCCCUCACGCUGCGACGCUCGCCCGACGACGCGCCGCUCAUGGCGCCCGCCACCAUCACCAUGGUGCCCAACGCGCUGGGCGCCGCCCCGGGCGCCGCCGCCGCGACCCUGCACCCGUUCGGCGCCUUCGGGGCCGCGGGCGGGGGAGGGGUGGGCGCGGCGGGCGGCGGGCAGAACGGGAGCAACCUGCCGCACGGGCACUCGACCACCCGCGUAUAG